AGAAGCCGACACAGCACCAUGGCAUUUCCUUGCAACCCACAGUGUUUUCUGCUUCCCCUCUGGCGGCUGGCUCUGGUUUUCGCUGUGACGUGGCACUUCUCUGAAACAAAAACUCUUGCAAGGAUUGAGCUGAGAGGGGAGGUUGGGGGAAAUGUGACUUUUCUCUGCCCCGAUGACGAAGAAAGUAGACUGUUAUCUUUGUACUUUCAGCGGGGCACCACAUUUGUGAAUGGCUACUAUGACUCAAAAAACAUUUCACAGUUCUGGGAGAACACCAGAGUAGAUCAUAACAACAGAACUAUGCACAUGUACAAUUUGAACGUCUCACACGAUGGUGCCUACGAGUGCAUUAUCCGGUACAGCAACACUAAGUUGGUUGAGAGACCCAUAUACCUCAGUGUCACAGCACGCUACAGUAAACCUGCACACACAUUGAUUUACUGUGAUGAACACUGUCCCAUUAGUUGCAGAGUCACAUGUUUCUCACACGGCGGCUACCCAAGCACCAAGGUGAAGUGGGACCUACCGGGCAGCCAGAUGUGGAAGGUUGAGAACAGCAGUGAAAAGAGCGAUCCAGACACUAUGCUGUUCAACAGCUCCAGCACCGCAUAUUUCAACUGCUCCAAUGGAGAGCUGAAGUCUCUCAGCUGCUCUGUGGGCGACGUCAGAUCAGACAUGUUUUCCGUCUGUAAACCCAAAGAUCCAUCUAAUACUCACAGUCCUUAUGGGAUGGCAGCAGGCAUCUGUUUAGGGGUGAUCGUCUUUAUUUUGAUCGUAUUGCUGGUGUGGGGGUGCAACAAGAAAGGAAAGAGAAGAGCAGAACCAGUCAUUUGAGACGAACACAUCCGCGUGAAGAGUGGUUGGAGUCCUCAAUGAAAACAAAGAAGGGGGAAAAAGGCAUCUUGAGGGGUGAAUUGAUGAAUAAGGAUAUCAGAUUAUUUUUUAACGUUACGUACAGUGUGUGACUGACGGCCAUAGUCCACACUAGUGUGUGACUCACUCAGGACUGUAUGCUGUCAACAACCAGUUCACAACUGACGCUUGUGAAUUUGAAUUGUUUGAGAAAGUAUUCCUUCUCAGUAUCCUAUUACGUGUGAUGUACAGUGUGUCAUUCAAGUAUACAAUAGCUUACUUCUAAACAAAAAAAAAGAAAGAAGAAGAACGUUUUGUUCUUGUAUACAUACCGUCUAUGGAGACACUAUUAGACUUAGACUGACCUCUACAUGCAGACGUGGGAUCUGUUGCAGACGUGGGAUCUGUUACACAUGGUGCCAGUUUCACUUUUGGACAGUUUUUAAAAAGAUUUAAAUACAGUAUAUUAUUGUUGUUGUUGUUGUUGUUGCACUUUAAAAUCCCCCAGUGCCUUUUCUGUCCCCUUCUUUCCCUGUUCAGUUUAUAAUAUUCUAUUGUCUUUAGUGUUUGGUUUUGUGAAAUUAUUAUUAUUUUUAAUUUAAUGCACAUAUUAGAACAGUCAACAUUAUUACUUUCAUAUUAGUAUCCUCUUAUUUCUGUUUUGAAAGUGACCAAAAUUAAGUACUGUAGUUCCCUUAUUUAUUUUUUAUUUUUCUAUUUUACUCUCUAAUUAGUUUUGUAUAUCAACAAUGACCAGUAGCAGAGUCUAAAUCCAAGUUCACAAACUCAUAGAUCAACUUUACUGUAAUAGUGAUGGAUUAAUGCUAACUUCUUGUUUUUUUACGAAGUACGUUUAAGGGAUUUGAAGUCUACUCACAGUGGUUAGUUAAAGGAAGAAGAUGUCAGAAUACUGUUUGCACAUGAGUUUAUUCUCUGCAGAGAUGAGUUUUCUGCAAUAAACUCCAGUAUUCUAGGAUUCCCCUGAUUAACGCUGACAUUUUUUCUAAGGUGACUGUUCUCAUAUGAAAUAUCUCUGUUACAAAAUAUUUAAUAAAUUCUAUGUAGGUACAUUGUUUACCCUGUUUACACUGUUUUUGGGUCACUUUUAUUCCUCAAUUUCCAAAAUUAACAAACCAUCUCAAAGAGCUGCUUUCAUUCCCUUAAUCUGUAAAACAUAUUGUUGUCAGAUGAUUAUGAUAACUUUGUCUUAUUUAUGUGACACUUUACAUAAAUGUGCUAUCCUAUUUUGUACCUCAUGUUCAUUCUUUUGUACUGAAAUUAACAGUUAAUUAAAGUGUGUUGUGGGAAUUGUUACUCUCAA